AUAAUUUCUUCAGUUACUACUACUGUGAAUAUUGUUAGUCUAAUUAUAUUCGAUUGCGUAGUUUAGGCCUUAAGUCUGAGGGAAACAGCUGUCGAAAGAGUUCUGCCUGCUUAGAUAGAUGAAUAACCUACUGUGCUGUCGUGCAAACCGAUGGAUUUUCAAAAGUGGUAAGGGUUGGAACGCUUGCAUAUCAAGAUAUCUGUCAUCUUCAGAAGUAGCUACUGCACUCCGCCCCUUCUAUUUUUUGGUACACCCAGACCUCUUUGGCCUGUACCCUAAAGCUCAGUUAGUAAAUGAAGCUUCAUUGAAGUUACUGAAUAACCAUCUAGAUUCAUUAGUGAAUGAAAAAAGAACUUCUCCUCUCAAUCUUCAAUUUUAUGUGAAAAAUAAGCAGAUUCAAGGGCGUCUUAAUGCUGUGGCACUUCAGCUGAACAAUUCCUCAACAAGGGCAACUGUACAUGGUAUUCUUAGUGAAUUUGAUUUACCAACAAACUACAUCGAUAACCUACCUGAAAAACGAAAGGAACCAGAUCGCAAAAUUGACUGGCAUCCAUCCUUUUAUGAAGCUACUGGUACCCUGAAUCCUGAAGAUGAACUUUACACUAAAACUAGGAAAGAAAACUUAUAUUCAUGGCUCAUCAAAAAUAUGGGCGAAGCAGAAAGAAGACUGGCUGCAAGUGAACCCAUUAGAGAGGACAUUGUUAAGCUAAGGGAGCGGCUUGUAACAGAACUCCAAUUAGCAAGGCUCACUUGGGUACGUGAUCUUAGUACAACCCACCUUAGAGGGUGCCUCCAAGGGUUAACAAAUUUAACAGUCCAUCAUCCAGAAAUCAAGGAUGUUCUCCAAGGUCGUGGUCUUCAUUUUGGCAAUGAGACUGGUGUAAGCCUAGAAGGUAGUGUAGUUCUCAGUACCUCUGAAGUUCGGAACCAAUGGCUGCAAGGAAUUUUUCGUGUACCUGAACAAGAUGUAUUGAUAAAGAGAAUUCCUGAUAUGCAGAAGGCGGUAUCGAACACACUUCGAAAUAUUCAAGUAACUCAUAGAAAGUAUCAGCCUUUCUUUCUUGCGGAAAAUUACAGCCAGCAACUUCAGCGACUUGUGACAGCGCUUGGUGACUAUCAUGGAACCCAUGGUUUUCCGAAGUCUUGGCCCGAGUCAUUGUCAUCUUUACAGCUUGUAGUUGAAUCAGCAGCAGGACCCCUCAUGCUUUCUCCAACUGGGCAGAUUUUGACACCUUCUUCAUGUCCUCCUUGGCUUUUAGUAAAUUUCAUCACUGAGAAUAUAGAGCAUGCUAAGCAAAGAAUACUUAGUUAUGAGAGCAUUCGGGAUCGAGAGAAAGCAUUACAUGCCAAGUGUAAGGAAGACAUUGGGCUAGACUUCCUGGAAAAAAAUGAUGCCAUAACACCAGAUAUGAUGAUAGAUUGUUUAGAAAGACUAUUAACUUCCUCCCACCGUCUAAAUGUGCUGCUGUCAGGUGCAAGACUGUGGGUAACUACUUAUUAUACAGUGAUGAUUGAUGGGGAAGUUUGUAUUCCUUGGAACUGGGACUAGCAUAUAAUUUCCAGUCUGGCAUUUAUUUCUUUUGAUUAUUUUCAGUUAAAUAUAUUUAAUCUCUAGUCAGUUCUUCGGAAAAACUCCUACGUGCCAUUGAUACAAGAUUUGAUAACAUAAUCAGAUGCACAAUAUUUUAUAUUGUAAGUUUACACAGUUGGAACUCAGAUGAUUUAAAUUUUAACCUUUGGUAUGAAAAUAUGUAUACCUUAGCCUAAAAAAAGAUAUUACAGAGGGCAUUUCAAAGUCUUCAGAUUCAUGUGUAAUAGAGAAAACAUAUUACAGUAGAAUUUGAAUAGACUGACUUAAAGAGGUCACAGUCUAGUUCAGGUCAUACUGUACUGGACAAAAAGGUACUAGUUUAAUUUUUAUGGAUAGUAAAAGGUAUUACAGCAAUACACAUCUAGUUAAUAAACUUCAUGCUAGGAUUUUUUCCCAACUCGCAAACAAAAUAAUUUUUUGGUGUUUCCUGCCAUUUUAAGCGCAAGGCCAAUAAUGAGUCCUUUGGCAGCAGUACACUAGUCAACUUCUUCAAACAGUAUUUCUCCUAACAGAAUUUUUUUUUUUAUUUUGAGUUUUAUUAAAUUACAGUAUAGUACAGAAUUUAUGACUAAUUGCAUAAAAAGAUUUUAUAAUUGUUGGUGUUAGAUAGACCUCAGUAACUCGGACAGACUAGAGACCUAGAUAGCACAGUAUUAACUUCUGAAUUAUUAUCCAAAUCUGCCUGAUUGCUCAUGGUGGUCCAGCAUAGAAUUAGGGCUCAGCAUAAUUCAAAUGUGAACCAUUGGUAUUUUAUAAAUUCUUUGCCGAAAAGAUUUUAUCUUAUUUUUAUAAAUAUUUAAAUCUGUAUAUCUAAAAUUUUUCCUUUCCUAUUUGUAACCAAGCGAUAUUAUUAUAAAAAAAGAAUUAUAACUAUUUGUUGUAAAAAUGUAAUCUUUCAAUUUACUAUCAUUUGAGAUGUCUGUAGUUCCUGCACAUAUGAUUAGUAUUUAGAAUUUUUUUUACUCUGUUAUAAAUUAGGACCAUCAUUUAACAGACAAGGGGGAAGGGGGUGGUCUUCUUGGUCAGUAAAACAAAGUAUGUUAAAAGCUUAAUGCCUAUCGAGGCCCCAAACGUGACUCUUCAUGGUGCCAGAUCUAAGAAUUUGUUAUUUACACUCACCAAAAGACAUUUCUUCAAACUCCUGGCUUAAUAGGGGAUACCUCAAAUUAGUGAAGAAAUCCAAAUCAAACUUGUGCUCUACCAAAUCUUAUUCUUAUUCAUUCUUAUGCUAACCUUCCCAAUUCAAGAAAUGUAUAUAUGCUAACUUUCAUAGUUCAAGAACUGGAUCUGUUGGCUGAACAAUUAUAUGAAAAUUAACCUCAAAGUUAAGCACAGGUAUAUUUGCAUAAAGAACUACUUAUAUGAUAACUAGGUUAUACACUUAUAUUUUAAUCAUUAUAUAAAAUUAAACAUUUUUAAUCAAUUUGUAUUUUUCAUCACUACAAACCUGUCUGUCUUUACAUAAGGGGGAAAAUCUCUAAAUGCUAACUGGAUCUAGUUAAUAAUAGAACAAAGUUGGUGAUGGCCAAUGGGGAGAGAGUAGGCAGAGUCUGACCUCUCUUUCCCCUUGUGCGAUGUGACAUGCCAGUUAACUUCCAGCCAAGGUAAUUAUAUGAGGGGUGGCAUGAGGUGGGUCAUUUACGUAAAGACCCUAGGUUUGUAGUCAUGAAAAAUACAAAUUGAUGAAUAUUUUUUUAUUUGGUCCUUACACAGAGGAGACUCACUUUUGGUAGAAGGAUAGACUAAGCUUCAGAACUGACUGAAGUUUGGCGCACUUCCUGGUCAAUUGUUAGAGCAUACGAAUCAGCCAUAUGCCUCUGAUCUGGUAUAAAAGAAAGAUUACUCAACAGCCAGACAUUCAGGCUUUGACACAAUGGAGAGGAAAACCACUACAGUGUCUAGGGAGCAGGAAAAGAACCUGUAACUGCCAGAACCAAAAGAAUUAGGUAGCUACCAACUUGUUCUAUUGUCAAUUCCUCUCUCCCCUUGUAAGAGUGACAGUAGGACUAGCUUCUAUUUCUAGAAUUUGUAUUGUAUAGGAACAAUCAUAAUGGAAAACAGAAUGGUUGCUCACUCACCUGUAUCAAGCCAGUUCCAGCAAAUGAUGGCUUACAUCUCUCCCUGCCUGCUGGAAGAAGAGAAGAAGAAAGGGAAAGGAAGAAGGCCAGUCACCCCCAUUCACUCUCACUAUUUUAACCAACAUCUUAGGCAAAAUACAACCAAUCCCACUAGGGGCACCGUAUGGGCUACACAAGUUGCUGAAUAGCCACCACUGGAUCCAAGGAAAGUGUCUAAGGAUCUAUGGGCCAUAUUCCAAAGGUUGAAGGAGGUGAAGGUCGUUUGACAUACUCAUUUACGUACCAGUCUCCAGUACCUUAUGAGUUGAAUACAGAAUUUAGCCCAAAGGCCAAGCACUGGGACCUAUGAGGUCAUUCAGCACUGAAAUGGAAACUGACAGUAAAAAGUUUGAAAGGUGUAACAGGCGGAAAACUUCGCAGUUGCACUAUGAAUCAAGUGUUAGGAGAGAUUGGAAAGAUGAAGAGAAUAUAAAAGGAGAUACAGUAAAAGGAACAAAAGUGGUUGCAGCUAGGGGCCGAAGGCAUGCUGCAAAGAACCUUAUGUAAUGCCUACAGUGUACUGCAUGAGGUCCACUGAUGGCACUACCCCCCUUUGGAGUCCAGCACCUUAUGACCCAACAGGUUCUUUUUGAAAACGAUGGAAAGGCCAAAGCCCCUAACAUCACAAACUCUUGCAUGCAUGUCUGAUUACUUCACAUAGCCAAAAGGAGAGGUUAUACUUGGACAUUUUUUUCUUGUUCUGGCCCAUGCUAACAGAAAGUCUCUGACACUCAGGCCUGGGAUGUCAAGUCUUUAUUAGGUAGCUUUGCAAAGCCCUAACAGGAUCAUUAGCAAAAAGUCUGUCAUGGAGGGGAUCGAGAAGGGCAUGGAGCCAUUAUCGAGCAUUGAGGGAUUUUGAGUCUUAGCUAUGAAUUCUGGGUCAUAUUCGAAGGUUACUGACCCCCAACCCCUGAAAUGUUUAACACUAUAAGAGAGACCAUGCAAUUCUCUUACUCUCUUUAAGAGAGGCCAUGCAAUUCUUGUGCUCUCUUUAAGAGAGGCUAUGCAAUUCUCCUGCUCUCUUAAAGAGAGGCCGUGCAAUUCUCCUGCUAUCUUUAAGAGAGGCCAUGCAAUUCUCUUACUCUCUUUAAGAGAGGACAUGCAAUUCUCCUGCUCUCUUUAAGAGAGGCCAUGUAAUUCUCCUACUCUCUUUGAUGAGGCUAAGGCCAUCAAGAAGACCAUCUUUUGAGUCAAAUUUCUAUCUGAUGAACCUCAUAGGGUUCAUAUGGUGAAUGAGUGAAGCUGCUAAGGACUAGUGUCAAAUACCGAUAAGAAGGUUUUUACUCUCUUAGGGGACAAGAUUGCUUGAAACUCUUGAGGGGCAUAGAGAAUUCCCAUGAGGAGAAAAGGUCUACCACUUUUCAAAUUUAGAACUAGCCGUGGAAUAGCCCUGUAACCCUUAAUGGCUGACACAGAAGGUGACUUCUCCCUACUGAAGAAAAUGAGGAAUUCAGCUGCUUUUGGAAUAGAUGUUCUGACCAGAGAGAAAUCCUGCUGAUUGCACCAAUCACAGUACAUGGCUGAAGAAGAUUUCCUGAGAUAAUCAGACAUCUCUGUUGCUGCUCUGAGAGAAAAGUAUCUCACUCACAGGAGAUCCUGGAUAGUGUCCAGCCACGAAGAGAUAGGGAUCCUACCAGGCUCUGGAGGAGGAGAACUUCUGAAGGACCUGGAUCAGUAACCUGAGAGGGAAGCAACUUUACCCUCAUAAUUGGAGCCCUCUCAUCCUUGCAAUGAACUCGAACAGGCGAAGGAGACAAACUAGCAUGAGAAUUCUGAUGAGAGGAAUGUCUAUCAUGAACUGGAACACGUCCACGUACGUGAAAGGGGGAGACACAUCCGUGCUGGGAAGAUGGCAAAAUACCUCUCUCACUCUCAGAAGAACCAACAAAAUACAAAUUAAUUUAAAAUUUGUCAUUUUGUGAAGUUGAAGGGAGAUUAGUCCCACUCUGUUGACAUGCCACCACCAUGAUAUUUUUGGACAUUAGAACCAUGGAGUGCCCUGCCACCCUCUCCUGGAACUCUCAAAGGGCUGAGAAAGCUGCCUUUACCUCCAGGACAGUGCUGUGAAGUUCUUUCUCUUGUUGAUCCCACACACCUGAGGAGGUCAGGAUGUCUUCCAAGUGUUCUCCCCAACCCUCUUUCAAGACAUCUGAGAACUGAAGGAACUCAGGAGGGGGAGUGUGAAGGGGCACUCCUAUGGUCAGGUUCCUGUCAUCCAGCCACCAUUGUAAGUCCUUUCUCACUUCCUUUGAGAAAGUAAUCUGGAGGAAGGGAGAAUCCUUUGAUGGGAACCAAAACUCUUUCAACGUCCAUUGAGAUCGAAGAUGGAGGUGUCUGUGAGGAACGAGUUCUCCAGGGACAAGAUGUGACCUAGAACAAUCUGCCACUGAUGUGCUGGUAUUUUUGUAUGAAAAGGAAGGAUUGUAUAAUAAUCUUGAAUUUAUAGAUUCGUGGCUCUCAUGGAAAGACCCUUGCCGCUGUCUUUUCCAUUAGCAAGCCCAGCUAGAGAUCUUUUGCUGGGAGUAAGGUUUGACUACUCCAUAUUUAUCACUAUCCCUAAGCUGUGACAAAUUUGGAGUAUAUGGUCUCUGUCUUGGAUGAACUUUACUUGAGAACUUGCCAAGAACAGCCAGUUGUCGAGGUAUCACCAAGAUGCGUAUCCCAUGUGAAUGAGCCCAGACUGAAAGUAAGGUGAAUACUUUUGUGAACAUCUGUGGGGUAGAGAGGCCAAAGCAAAGCACCUUGAAUUGAUACACUCUCUCUCCCAGAAUGAAGUGAAGGAACUUGCGAGAUGAUUGGUGGAUUGGGAUAUGGAAAUAUGCAUCCUUCAGGUCUUAUCAUCAGCAUGAAGUCAUAAUUUGUGAUGGCUGCUAGAACUGUGUGAGGUAUUUCCAUCUUGAGCAGAGCCUUCCUGAUGAUAAGUUUCAGGGAAGUCAGGUCUAUGACCGACCAAUCUCCCUAUGCUUUUGCAUAAGAAAUACUCAAUCCUUCACAACCCCUAUGGCUCCUUUUCCAUAAUUUUCUUCACUUUCUGGAGAGCCAGAUCCUAUAGCGAGCCCUGAAUGUAUGUUCUGAGAUGAAAGAGACAACUGGAGAGAGGAGGAGGAAACUAUAAGGGAAGUAGAUAUCCCACCUGCAGAAUAUCUACUACUCAGGUUUCCACUCUGUGCUGCUGCCGAGUUGCUCAAUGCUUGCCAGGCAACCCCCAUCAAUGGCAGUGAGUGGGGAGGGCGGCUCACUCUAGUGUUUUCCUCCUUUGGCCCUGCCUCUGCCUCCUCUCCCAGGUUUGGAAGAACGGUUGAAUUGAAUUGAACAUAAAAUUUAGGCCAAAGGCCAAGCAUUGGGUCCUAUGAGGUCAUUCAGUGCUGAAAUGGCAACUGACAGUAAAAGGUUUGAAAGGUGUAACAGGAGGAAAAACUUGCAGUUGCACUCAGAAUCAAUUGUUAGGAGAGGGUGGAAAGUAAGAUGGAAGAAAGAGAAUGUGAAUGGACAGAGGUAUAGUAAAAGGAAUGAAAGGUGGUACAGCUAUGGGCCGAAGGUAUGCUGCAAAGAUUCUUAAUGCCUACAGGGCCCCCAUGGGCUUUGUUUGGAAGAAUGGCAUGAAAGGGACACUGCUGAAUUAUUUUCUUUGCAGAUGUACUUUUGAGGCCCAGUCAUGGUUUGAGAUCUCUUAGGUGGAGAAUAAGAGUCAGCCUAAGGUCUAGGUCUGGCUACAUUGGCGCAUGAAGGGCCAGAAGAAUUAUUCACAGCUUGGUGGCCUAGAUGGCCAAUGUUGUCCACUCUACGUUUGUUGACUGCCGCCUCAACCUGUUCCGUAUGAAAAAGUGAAGAAGAAUGGUUCCAUUUCUCAGUGCCAAGGUAGAAUAAAAGGCCAACAAAUCUGGAGAUAUUGGAAAGGGCAGCAUCUCUUCUUUUCAAUAGCAAAUUGGCCCACAUAUUUGCUGUUAGGUGAUCCACAUACAAGAUGGUCUUUCCACCAGCCUGCAGUAGUCUAGGGAAGGUGGCAUACUCCUCAGUGUUGGUAGCCAUGACUUCUAAAGAAAUCUUACCAAGUGUCCUCUGCCUUGAUUUGAUCUAAAAGAUCCAGGCCUAGAUGAACCAAGUCCAGAUCUACUUGUCUUGAUCGUAAAACAACGUUAGUGGUUGCAUAAAAAUGUCUUAUUACAUAGAAGAGGAGGGAGUAUCUUAAAUGACCUGCCCGGGCGUAGAGAAUUGUCCCAUCUGGAGAUGAGAGAAUUGACUUGGUUGAGGACACUGUCGACAAGAUAGGAACAUUGUAAGCCCAAAGAUGCUUUCGUCUCUCCCUUGUGGGUCCAAAAACCCGAAAGAAAAUUUGAAGUGGUAGCUGCAGUCUCCGCGGGUAGUUCAUUGUAUCCACGAUUGGGUUCCACUACUUAUGCAUAUGUUGGGAACAUUCUUGAUAAUCUGCAUCGAGAAGGAGAGGUCCUUCUGCUUCCUUUGCUUGAGAAACUCAGUCACGCACAUUGACCAAAAUAGCAGAAUCACUUGCACCCUUAUUGAUUACUGGAGCAUAGGAGUGAUCGGGGCCCAGGACUUUCUUGGGGAUAUAUUGUUUGACCGAAGAAGCAGUGACCCUGUCUUGAUUGUAAUCCUGUCUGCAACAACAAGAGCAUGGACAACAACAAGAGCAUGGACUAUAAGUUUUUGUUUGUUUGUGUGGUGUUUUUGUGUUGCAUGAAACCAGUGGUGCAUGAAACCAGUGGUUAUUCAGCAACAGAGCCUAUUAGAUGAUGGCUGUGGUCAAGUCAGCACCAGUAAGGGACUCUCAUUAUAAAGAGAAUUCACAGCCACAUGAGCAAGACCAUGGGUUAUAUGGAGAGUACAGUCAACCCCCAACAUUUGCAGGGGAUGCAUACCACAACUCCCUGCAAACACCUAAAAUCUGCAAAAGCUUGAAACCCCUCUAAAUAUGCUUACAACUACCUAAUUUGAUGGUUGAAAUAUUAAAAAAAAAAGCCUCUAAACAUGCUUAUACCCGAGUAUUUUAAUAGUUUUAUAACGAAAAAUGUUUUUAGUCUUGAAUAUCAUAUGAAAAUACAGUAUGUAAUUAGAGAAUAUUUCUCUAUGAAAAAAUACUGCAAAUAGGCAAAUUUUCUGCAAAUAAUGGGCAUAUACAUUCCACAUAAAAAUCUGCGAAUAGGCGAGUGCAAAUCCAGAACUGUGAAUAGGCGAAGGUCAACUGUACUGUACGUAGUUAUGGCAGCACGAGUGAGAAUGAGGGCUUCUUGUCUUAUUCUAUCAUAUUCAGAUUAUUAUUACCUUAAUUGGGAAGAUGUAGCACAUAUAAAAAUGUGGGUCAGUGACAUUUAGUAGGGUCUUAAAUCUCCUGAUUCCAUAGCUAUAGGCAAAUUAGGAUUCACCAGCAAUGCUGCUUCUUGAAUCUCACAUCCCACAACCCAUUGUUUUACUCCUUUUUCGCUCCACUUCUCCCAAAACUGAAGGAGCCUGGCACCUACUGGGGUAUGGAAGACAUUGGAUUCACUUUCUAGAGGCGGACUUAGACAAGGACUUUUUAAUAGCUCGAGGCAAGAGGUGGACAUUAGACCUUGAUCUUGAAAAGGAUCUUUGGCUAUUUCCAUGAAAGGGAUAAGGCUGGAACAGGGAUGAGA